AUGGUCACAACUAGAGCAAGCUCCCGCGGCGCAAGCGUCGGUCCUGAAUUCGCACCAGAAUUCCACACCGAGCUGCCCUCUAUCCCAGCAACACCCUCAACCCGCAAAAGAAGCAUCAAAACCACUUCUUCCUCAACCACAAACGGCUCAGCAAAGAAGCGUCGUCUCUCAACUGACUCUCCUGGAAAAUGGGCGCACAUUCCCUCCUCAGCUACCCUUCUCUGGCUCGCUGUCUCCCUACCCCUCGUUGCGUGGGACUCUGGCUACGUGUUCGGCCGUCCGCACACCAUGCCCAAUGGAUAUCUCCACUGGCCUUUGUACACGCCUUAUGCGCUGUAUGGUCAGGUUGAUUACGUUUAUGGGCAAAAGGCUUGGGAGGAGAAGAAUGGGUUUACGGCUGCGCAGACGGCUAUGAAUGUUGUUGAGACUUUGAUGUAUCUUGUUUAUCUGUGGAAGAUCUUCAGGGCUGACAAGGUUGAUGGCAAGAAGAGGGUUGGUGGACGGGAUGGUGCGUUGGCUGUUGUUAUUGGCUUCAGUGCUGCGGUUAUGACUUUGAGCAAGACUGCCCUCUACUGGGCCAACGAGUACUACAGCGAAUUUGGCAACAUCGGUCACAACACCCCCAUGGACAUUCUCACUCUUUGGAUUAUUCCCAAUGGCUUCUGGCUCAUCCUUCCCACUUACAUGAUCUGGGCAUUUGGAAAGGACAUCAUCAAUGGAUUGACUCUUGCUUCUGGUCAGCCAGUGAAGCAAAGAACUGAAUAG